AUGGAUUACAACACAGGCAGCAAGUGGGCUCCCGAGCAGGCGGCACAAGGGCUUUGCAGUCUCAGCACUGAGGCUGCUCGCUCCUUGCUGGGAGUUUUGGACUCAACAGAGGGUUUGCUCAGCCAGGAGGAGGCGCAGGCCGUGGACGAGGAGCUGUUCAAGGAGUACCAGUUCAGCGUGGACCAACUCAUGGAGCUGGCGGGGCUGAGCUGUGCCACAGCCAUUGCCAAGGCAUACCCCCCCACGUCCCUGUCCAGGAGCCCCCCCACUGUCCUGGUCAUCUGUGGCCCUGGGAACAACGGAGGCGACGGCCUGGUCUGCGCUCGACACCUCAAGCUCUUCGGCUACCAGCCAACCAUCUAUUACCCCAAAAGGCCGAACAAGCCCCUCUUCACUGCCCUGGUGACCCAGUGUGAGAAAAUGGACAUCCCUUUCCUCGGUGAAAUGCCCCCAGAGCCCCAGCUGAUCGAUGAGCUGUAUGAGUUGGUGGUGGAUGCCAUCUUUGGCUUCAGCUUCAAGGGAGAUGUUCGGGAGCCAUUCCGCAACAUCCUGAGCGUCCUGAGUGGACUCACCGUGCCCAUUGCCAGCAUCGACAUUCCCUCAGGAUGGGAUGUGGAGAAGGGAAACCCUGGAGGGAUCCAGCCAGAUCUGCUCAUCUCCCUGACUGCACCUAAAAAGUCUGCCACCCACUUCACUGGUCGCUACCACUACCUGGGCGGUCGUUUCGUACCACCUGCUCUGGAAAAGAAGUACCAGCUGAAUCUGCCACCAUACCCUGACACGGAGUGUGUAUACCGUCUGCAGUGACGGAAGGUAGACGUUUGUUCUUCCCAAUAAAGACUUCGUGCCCCUCUCUCUCCCAGAUCGGUGGAGACCUGGAAGCUCUUCUGGCAGUAAAGGUUAAUGGGUGGUCAGCAA